AUGGAGGAACCAAUAUCAGAGAUUUUAGAAAUCAUUGUUAAAUAUGCAAAUUCACCAGAGAAUGCACCUGCUGAAACAUUUAGAAAAUAUACAACAAACCAAUUGGUUUCUUGGUUUUUAUAUCUAACUGUUAAAUGUGAAUAUCCUGUUAUUAGACAUUAUACUUCAACUUGCCUUCUAACAGCUUUGGGAAUCCCUGCAUGCUACUUAAAGAUUACACCUGAAUUGGUAGAGGCUCUAAGAAAUGAACUAUGGAAUCUGCUUAAUCAAGAGUUUACAACUAAGCUAGACAAGGAAGUCAGAGACAACAUUGUCAAAGCUAUUGGUUGUUUUAACCGUUUCCUACCAAAUGAAUGGAGACUAUUUAGACCAAAAUUGAUGGAAGCACUUAAACCUGAAAACACAAUGAUUAAUCUUAGAGGUAACUCAUUUAUGGUGUUGGCCGAAUGUUUGUCUACUCACAAUAACGUGCCGGUAGAGAUGGCAGUUGAGAUAGUUCGAUUGAUCAAAGAGGCUCUGGAAGAUACAAGCAUUCACGUUUCAGUGUCUGCUCUGUUUGCAUUUGGUGCAGUGCUCGACGACCAAAUUGGUGAUCUGGAUAUGACCCAGCCACUUCAACCAUUGGCUUUAAAGGUGAUUGCUAAUGCCGCCAAAGCUGACAAUGGAUCAUUUUAUGAAUACCUUGAUGCUGUGUGGGGAUUGCUGGAGACCAACCAAGAUUUUAUCUUGCCCUAUGCGCAAGACUACAUAGAUCUUCUCGUUGGCAUCCUUACCAAUCACGUCUUGACAAACAAAUACUUGAAGCGCAGUAUUCACAACCUUCUCUUAUCCAUUCUCGAGGCUGGUAUGGGAGAGCUCAGCACAGAGCAAUCAGAGGCAUUGGUAAAGUCAAUCUACUACUCGUGUGGUGAGAUCAAAGAUAUUGAUAUCGAUGUUUGGAACUCUGAUACCAAUGUUGAUAGCAGUAAUUUCAUUCAACAAGAAGAUAAUGGAAUGGAUACUCGUCUAUUGGUAGAAGGAGACGAUGAAGAAGUAGAAGAAGAAGAAGAAGAACAAGAUGAAGAGGCCAGAGAGGCAAAAGAAGAUCAAAUUGCAGAGGACACACUAGACCUUGAAUUCCUCCAACGUUUUGUUGUUUUAAACACUUCUGAACAUACCGAGAUAGUCGUAGCACGUUUUAAUGAAAUGAUUUCAACAACAACCAACACUUGGAAAGAUAAAUAUGGAGCCCUUUUUGGUUUAGCACAUACUAUCAGUCAUAUGAGUUACGAUUUUAUUCCAUUUAUUAAUGAUACUUUAGCUAUUUUAUUAUCAACAAUUGAUAAUACAAAUCCAAGAGUUAGAUUAAUAUCUUUCCAUUGUUUGAUUCAACUUUCUUUAGAUUUCCAAAGAGAGAUUAUGGAAAACAAGGAAUUAUUAUUUACAGCCAUUAAAAUUGCAAAAGUUGAAAAGAAUGAACGUAUUCAAUCUUCCUGUUGUACAUUUAUUCAAUCAAUGGUACAAAAUUUAGAAGGUAGAUUUUUCACAGAUCACUCUACUCAUCGUGAAGAUCUAUUAAAUUAUUAUUCAAGAUUUGUUCCAAUAUUAUUAAAAAUGUUUGAAGAUUAUCAACUUUCAAAGGAUAGUAAAAAAGUACGUUUCCGUGCACUCAUGGCAUUGUCUGUAAUGUGUGAUGCUUGUGGUAAAAAGAUGUUUGCAAAGGAUCUAGCCAAAAUUAUGAGCGUUGUUAGAAAACAUGGAGUGGCGUUUGAUUUGCAAGCUGGAUUCUUUAAAGCAUGUAUCAACUUUAUCAAAUGUCUUGGUAAUGACUUUGCAGUGUACCUUCCCAUCCUUUUGACUCUGCUCAACUAUAAUUUGUACAGUGGUCAUCUCUUUAGGGUGAGACAGGCUAUGCGAUUCCUACCACUUUAUUUGACUUCGGAUGCAUGUGGUUUCAAUUUAAUACACUUUUAUCCAUACUCUGAAGCCAUGGCCAAGAUGAUUUCACAAGGUGAUAUAUGUGGCACCUCAUGCGCUGAAACCAAGUCUGCCGCCUCUGCCAGUCUCCAAAAUCUCCAAUUGGUACACAAUGCCAAGCACGGUGUUGGCAGUGCCAAGGCACACGAAUACUUUACCAAAGUUUUGGCUUAUUUGGUAACUGCUUGCAAAAUAGAGUCUGAUCCGGCAGCUCUCGAAGAGAGACUCUCUUCGAUUGCCGAGUUGCUCAAGGUCGUAGGCGACAACUUCUUUACCUACGAACAAAUCCUUCGAACCCUCUCAUUCUUCAAAGAGACCCGUCUUCAAAUCUACGACAUUUUGAAAAAGGGACCUCCAACUCCCGGCGAAGACGACGACGCCGAUGAAGAAAUUUUCGAUGCCGAAGAUUUCAGAAUUCACUGCACCAAUUCACUGUAUGGCAUUCACGAGAUUGUCGGUGAAGCAAUGAAACACAACCAAUCCUCUGCACUCACUACAAUGGCAACUGAAAUUAUUCCAGAUAUGAUCAAAGCGGUCAAAGACAAAAAGAUGGAUGAAGAUCUAAAAGUAUCAAUCUUUUGUUUGUUGUCUGAUUUCACAGAGGUUGGUGGUCAAUGGAUCAUUGAUAUGUUGCCUACAUUUGUCCCUCUGAUGCUUAGUGUCCUCGAAAAUCCAAAAACACCUCAACCCAACAAACAAACCAUCUUUUUCCUCUUGGGUAUCGUUGCACAGACUGCCCAGAGCGCAUUUGCUCCCUAUGUAUUUAAAGCACUGCAAAUAUUCAAUCAACACAUCUCUUCACCCGAUGCAGCCGAUGAAGAAAAUAUAGUUUCCACCGAAAAUGGUAUAUCAAGUAUUGGAAGAUUCAUCCGUUAUGUCCCCCAACUCUCCGAACAUGCCUCUGUCAUUAUCCCAUUAUGGUUGUCCAAAUACCCCAUUUCAGAUGAAGACGAAAGCAAACAAUUUUUACAAAACGUCAAUGCAAUCGCCAGAAUGUAUCCAAAGCAAACUUUAAUUCCACAACUAGACAAUUUAAUAGUAUUCUAUACAAACUUUUUCAAGGGUAAUCUUGUUUGUCAAAGAUCAAUAUUUGAGUUGAAAGAAUUUAUAAAUUCAAUAAAUAAAAAAUAA